AUGGGCGCUGACGAUAUGUCCAACAAACAAUCCGACGUGGAGUUGGAGAAGAAGAAACAAGAGGCUCCCGACACCAGUCCGUCUCGUCUGCCAGCCAACACACAUGCCGAACACGCCGGCCAGUCCGACAAUGAUAGUGAAGAACAUGGCAAGUUUCGCGGGGACGGGAAGCGAGAGCUUACCGAAGAUGACUGCUACGACAAUCUGGGCUUUUGCUUUCCCUGGUACAAGAAGUGGUCUAUCCUCACCGUCAUCUUCACCGUGCAGAUGUCCAUGAACUUCAACAGCAGCGUCUACCCGAACGCCGUCACACCGUUAUCCGAACAUUUCCAGAUCAGCGAACAGGCUGCGAGGGUGGGACAGAUGAUAUUCCUGGUGGCAUAUGCCUUCGGGUGCGAGUUGUGGGCUCCGUGGAGCGAAGAGUUUGGCCGAUGGCCCAUCAUGCAGGCCAGUUUGUUCCUGGUCAACAUCUGGCAAAUCCCUUGCGCAUUGGCGCCCAACUUCGGGACCAUCGUGGUCGGCCGUUUCCUCGGCGGCUUGAGCUCGGCCGGCGGUUCGGUCACUCUCGGUAUGACGGCUGAUAUGUGGGAACCCGAUGAGCAAGGGUUCGCCGUCGCCUACGUGGUCUUGUCUUCGGUUGGCGGAACCACCAUCGGGCCCAUCUUCGGCGGAAUGAUCCAACAGUGGCUGGACUGGCGCUGGAACUUCUGGAUCCAGCUCAUCUUUGGCGGCGUGACCCAGCUGAUGCAUUUCUUCCUUGUCUGCGAAACCCGCUCCACCAUCCUCAUCGACCGCGAGGCCAAGCGUCGUCGCAAGUCCGGCGAAGACCCUAACGUGUACGGUCCCAACGAGUUGAAAAAGCCUCGACUAGAUGCGAAGGAGGUCCUGCACGUGUGGCGCCGACCUUUCGAGAUGUUCCUCCGGGAGCCCAUCGUGCUUUUCCUGUCUCUGCUCUCUGGUUUCUCCGAUGCCCUGAUCUUUACCUGCAUUGAAUCCUUCAACCUUGUCUUCAAACAAUAUGACUUCACCCCUCUCCAGAUUGGUCUGUGCUUCUGUGCCAUUAUCAUCGGAUAUGCUGUUGCCUACGGGAUCUUUCUCCCCGAUAUCUGGCGUCAACGGAGGGUCCGACAAAAGCAUGGAAAUGCCUCCCGGCUGCCCGAGCGGCGUCUCCUUCUGUUGCUAUUUAUUGCCCCGUUGGAGACGAUAGGUCUGUUCGGCUUCGCCUGGACCUCGAUGGGGCCAGAUUACAUGCACUGGAUCGUCCCUCUAGUGUUUGUCUUCCUGAUCGCCAUCGCCAACUACGGUAUCUAUAUGGCCACGAUUGACUACAUGGUGGCUGCCUACGGACCGUAUUCAGCGUCGGCCACGGGAGGCAAUGGGUUCGCACGAGACUUCCUGGCCGGACUGUCCGCUAUGUACGCGACUCCCAUGUACAGCAACAUCGGCGGCAAGUUCCAUUUGCAGUGGGCCAGUACCAUUCUGGGCUGCCUAGCCAUCUUCGUCACUAUUCCCAUCUACAUUUUCUACUGGAAGGGACCAGAGAUUCGGAAGAGUAGCAAGUUCGCGCAGACGCUGGAGGCCGACCGGCAGCUGCAUGCCGGCCGUCGGGUCAGUCAUAUCAGUGAGUCUGAGAAGCCAUACCCAGCGUAG